GAGAAUUCACAACUUCAAGGCUCUUAGGACUUUUCUCAGUCCUUAAAGCUUUGGUAUUAAUACACUGCACCUUAUAUAUUCAUUAUAAACCCAUUUUAGGAGACGAUGUAUGAACUCAUUCAUACGCAAAUAUGUGGAUACUGAAAGUUCUGUUUUUCUUGUGUGCAAGUUCUGGUUUUUGUCAAACACAGAAUUCCACUCCUUCCACAACUACAUCAACUACUACAAGUCGGCCAAAACCACAAGAGAUUAAUCACGACAAGAAGCCUCCUCCAAGUGAAUGGCCAGCCACUUAUGAGAAAAGAAAAGUAAAUAAAUAUAUUCUUGGAGAUUGGUUGCUUACUGGAGCAUGGGGUAAUGUUAAUAAAAAACUUGACAAGAGCAAACAUGAAUACGAGGGAUAUGAUGGAUUCUAUAAUAAUCUCGCUAGACCUGACUCAGGUGCAAUAGAUAAACCUCUUUUACGUCGGUGGCCAGCGGCUUACGAAGAUGGAACUUAUCAACCAUCAGGAAGUAAAAGACCAAACCCAUUGGAACUCAGUGAAAAACUUCUAAAAGGUGAAAUUGGAACUCAUUCAAGAACUGGAAAAAAUGCUCUUCUUGUCUUUUUCGGUCAGCAAGUUGUAGAGGAAAUUCUCGAUGCCCAAAGAGCUGCAUGUCCACCAGAAUACUUCAAUAUAAAGAUACCGGAAUGGCACGACUUCAGAAAAACACCUAAACACAUGGAACUACCAGUUCUCAGAACACGCUAUGAUCAAAGGACAGGUUUAAAUCCGAACAAUCCAAGGCAGCAGUUGAAUGAAAUCACACCGUACAUAGAUGGUGGAUUAUUUUAUGGUAUUACUAAACAAUGGGCAGAUACACUUCGGAUGGAUGAAAAUGGAAAAAUUCAUCCCAAUGGAAAUCUGGCAUCUUCCUAUGGUGGCCUUUUUCCAGCUAUUAACACUCAACGUUUACCAAUGGCAAAUCCCCCACCACCGUUCCAUCACGAGUUGUUCGUUACAAAACACCAAACUGCUGAAGUUUCUAGAUUUUUCAAGCUGGGGAACCCAAGAGGGAAUGAGAAUUCGUUUCUUCUCACCUUUGGUAUAAUGUGGUUCAGAUGGCAUAACUAUAUUGCAGAAACAAUAAAAAAUUUGCGACCACAAUGGUCCAGCGAGGAAAUUUUUAACGAAGCUAGAAAAUGGGUAAUAGCCACACAGCAACACAUUAUUGUAGAUGAGUGGUUGCCGGCAUUAUUGGGUAAAAAACUUCCAAAAUAUCACAAAUACGACCCUAGUAUAAAUCCACAGAUAGAUCAGUUUUUUCAAGCUGCAGCGUUUAGAUUUGGACACACAUUAGUUACUCCGGGUGUCUACCUGAGAGAUUAUUUGAGAAAUGGUUGUAAACAUAAAUUUGACUCUUGGAAGAAUGCAGCAGUGAGGACUUGCAAUGUAUUUUGGAGACCUCAAGAUCCCAUAUUGACUAAAGAGAAUGAUACUUCCCAGGAUGUUGUUGAUAUUGAUCGAUUACUUAUGGGUAUGUCAGUUCAGCUUUGCGAAGAAGAAGACCAUAAAAUCGUUGAAGAUCUUCGUGGGAAUGUUUUCGGACCCUUAGAAUUUCCGAGACGUGAUCUAAUGGCCAUCAACAUCCAAAGAGGUAGAGACCAUGGCCUGCCAGGAUUUAAUGCGGCUAGAAAAGCUUUUGGUUUACGAACAGUUGAUUUUAAUCAUUUUCAACACUUAGAUCCCACCAUACAAAAAUACUUGACUGCUCUGUAUAACAAUUCUAUCGAUGACGUUGACGUUUGGGUAGGAGGAAUUUUAGAAACUAGAGACGGACCUGGUGAAUUGUUCGAAACAAUAAUAAUGGAUCAAUUUAGGAGGAUAAGAGAUGGAGACCGAUUUUGGUUUGAAAACAAGGAUAGUGGUUUGUUCUCGUCACCACAAAUGAACCGUAUCAGAGAGUUGAAAGUUUAUGAUAUCAUAAUGGCAGUUACUAAAAUGGAUGCUGAGGAUAUACCAACAUCUCCUUUCAAUGUCCCACAUUCUAGAAACAACGCACAUGAAAAUUCAACUAUUGUUAAAAUAUGUAAACUGGAACGAAAAACUUGUGAACUCAUUAAUAAAGAGAAAUUCACAUGUUGGCACUUACCUUUCUUGAACCAAUCAGCCCUAAAUGAGCCAUGUAGAAAAGGAAGUUCUUACGAUUAUUUUUGGGGGAGUGAAGCUUCUUAUAUUGCAACAUUCAGCGCGAUAGGUGCUUUCAUUGUGGGAUGUUUUUGGGCUGUCUUUUUUCUUAUAAGACACAAGAAUCAAUUGAUGAUCCAAAAUGCUCAGAAACAAUCAGAUGUAACCAGAAAAUCUGUACAUCAAAAUACAGGAGGAAUGCACUCGAUGAUUUUCGGAGCACAAGAAUGGGUCAGCAGAAAGCAACCUGUUAAAAAUGUUGCCAUAAUAUUCGAUAAUAACAAUAAACAAAUUAAAAUCACUUGCAAUCAAGGAAACUUAAUACGUGCCAUCGAUCUUGGUUUUGCCAAUGCCUUCAGGCUGUAUUUUGUGGCAGAUAUGCCUUAUAUUAUUAUAAACAGCAAGCAUAGUUAUGAUUUGGUUCUUCAGUUUCCAAUAGAAAAGGAAAGAAAUGAUUUUGGCAAAGAGUUGAAAGAAUUCAUUACAAAAUUCGGAUUAGAAUACGAAGAAAUAUCGAUAUUCAAAUGGAAGGAUGCAUUGAAUAUAGUUAUAACGAAGAAAGAUAGACAAAAGAAGCUGGAAAUGUUUUGUAGAGUUGUAUUUGCACAGGCUUUCAAAAUCACCCAUUCUAAGUCAGAAAUACUUGCUGUUGGCUCCAAUGACAAAGACAUUAUUAAUACAGAAAUAACAAUUCUUGAAUUUGCUGAAUCCUUGAAUAUGAAACCGGACAAUGAGUUUGUAAAAAGGAUGUUCUAUCUCGCCGACAAAGAUAGAAAUGGAUUCAUAUCCUUCCGUGAAUUUGUUGGUCUCUUGAUCAUUUUUGCAGAAGGUACCGAAGAGGAAAAAGCUCAACUUUUAUUCAAAAUGUAUGAUAUAGAUGAUACGGGUAUUUUAAAAGCAGAAGAUUUUGAAAGUAUGAUUAGAUGCUUCUUGGAAACAGUUGGAGGAAAUAUCCCCGAGGAUAAAUUAAAACAAACCAUAAGUGGCAUGCUUUCGAGAGCACACUGCGAACAUAAAAAAGAACUGAAAUUUCAAGAUUUCUUAAAAAUUCUCGGCAGAGACAUUGUUAACUUGAAUAAGGCCAAACUUGGUUUGAAAGGUUUCGAAGAUGAUGGUUCUUAUCUUUCAACAGCUCGGCAUACAAUAGAAAAUAUUUACGGAACCGCUGAUAUAAAUACAAGAUUCAAAGGAGAAGCGAGUGAUCAGCCUGAAGAAGAUCUUUACGCAACCAAUGUUAUAGAUCAGGAACAGAAAAAAAUUCUGGAAAACAAGGAAUAUUCCAAAGAACGUCCAAAAACAACGUUUUCUAGCAAGUGCCUUAAAUACAUUGAACUGAAAUCGAAAGAGAUAUUUUGGUUAACACUUUAUACGCUUAUUUUAUGGGCCAUCUUCCUUGAACGAGCUUAUUAUUAUUCUUAUGAAAGAGAACAUUCUGGAUUGAGGAGAAUAGCUGGAUAUGGUGUAACGAUAACUAGAGGUGCAGCUUCAGCUCAAAUGUUCACAUAUUCGUCUCUUCUCAUAACAAUGUGCAGAAAUAUAAUAACAACAUUGAGAGACACAGUUGCCAAUAAAUAUUUUCCAUUUGAUUCAAGUGUCGAAAUACAUAAAUAUAUUGCUUGGUGGGCAUUUUUCUUCACAGUUUUGCACAUUGUCGGACACGCCUUCAAUUUUUAUCAUAUAUCUACUCAAACCUCAGAUGACCUGACUUGUUUGUUUAGAAAUUAUUUUCACGCGACACACGAAAUACCUAAAUUUCAUUAUUGGUGUUGGCAGACCAUGACUGGUUUUACAGGAGUAAUACUGACCCUAAUUUGGAUUAUGAUGUAUGUCUUCGCUUUAUCUUAUGUGCGAUCCAAGAUUUACAACUGGUUUUGGUACACACAUAGUCUUUAUCCAUUAUUUUUUAUAUUUAUGAUACUUCAUGGUACUGGGCGACUUAUACAAGAACCGUUCUUCUAUUAUUUCUUCCUGGGACCAGUGAUUUUAUUCACUGUCGAUUCCCUUAUCAGUAUUAGUCGAAAAAAAAUUGAAAUACCUGUUGUGAAAGCCGAUAUUUUACCUUCAUAUGUAACUAUGCUGGAAUUCCAAAAACCAGACAAUUUCCAAUAUAAAUCAGGACAAUGGGUGAGAAUAGCAUGUAUGGCAUUGAACAAAAGAGAAUACCACCCCUUCACGUUAACAUCCAGUCCAAAUGAAGACAACUUAACAUUACAUAUUAGAUCUGUUGGUCCUUGGACCACCCUAAUCAGGACAACUUACGAACAAGCAAAUACAUCUGGAAAUUCCAAGAAACUACCUAAGAUUUAUUUAGACGGUCCAUAUGGAGAAGGUCACCAGGAUUGGAACAAUUACGAUGUAUCCAUUUUGAUUGGAGGGGGCAUAGGAGUCACUCCUUUCGCUAGUAUUUUGAAAGAUAUCGCUCAUAGAUCUGGACAAACCCGAUGUAAAAAGAUAUAUUUCAUAUGGGUUUCGAGAACUCAAAAACAGUUUGAGUGGUUAAUCGAUAUCAUCAGAGAGGUCGAAUACAAGGAUAUCAAGAACGUAAUCAGUUGCCAUAUAUUCAUUACCCAAUUUUUUGAAAAAUUUGAUGUACGCAUGAUAUUACUCUACGUUAUGGAAAGGCAUUAUCAAAGGGUGGCUAAUAGGUCCUUGUUCACGAACCUCAAAGCUGUCACACACUUUGGACGACCGAAUUUUGCAAAAAUUCUGAAAACGGUGCAAACUCUUCAUGAACAUACACCCAGAAUUGGUGUUUUCAGCUGUGGCCCUCCCUCUAUGACGUCAUCGGUAAAUGCAGCUUGUUUUGCAGUCAAUUUCGAAGGUUACCACAGGUUUGAACAUCAUUACAAGAAUUUCUGAAGUGUUGCCAAUACGAUUAAUUAAUUAAAUUCGAUAAACUGUAAUGAAACUAUUAAACCUGUAUGCAACCGGCCUAAUAAAGUAAAUCAAAAAUUAA